AACGGGCUCCCGAGGGGCUGGAACGGGCUCCUGAGCGGCUCCUGAGGGGCUGAGGGCAGCAGCAGGCUCCUGAGGGGCCGGGGAUGGGGUGGCUGUGGGGGUGCCAGUCGCCCCCGUGCCCACCAGCCGGCCCCCUUCUCUCCCGCAGGCCAUGAGCGGCGCCGGGGGCUCGGAGCGGCCGGGGGAGCGGCCGGAGGAGCGGCCGGAGGAGCGGCAGCGCCUUGUGCCCCCGAUUGCAGCUCUGGGGCAGGGAGGCGUCCUGCAGGAGCUGGUGCUCGGAGCGGGGCAGCCCCCAGAGCCUGGGAUCAGCGAGGAGCAGCGCCGGGCCCGGGAGGAGUGGGAGGCUCUGGAGGAGAUCCAGUCAGGGCUGGGGGGCACCUCAGGCGCGGCCCCCCCUCCGAUUUCCUUCACCGAGGCGCUGCAGCACUUCCAGAGCGCGGAGCUCUCCUCCAGCCGGGGGAAGGCCGGGGCUCCGGGGCGCCGCGGGAUCCUGGCCGCCCUGCUCCGCUGCCUCCGAGGGCCGCCCCGGCUGCGCCCGCAGCUCCGCGCCGAGCGGGAGCUGGCGCUGGCCAUGGCACAGUGCGCCCUGGAUGACUCGGAGCGGGUGCACAUGCGGAUCCUGCAGACCAUCUACCGGCAGCUGACGCGCUCCAGGCUGGGCUGCCCGCGCUACGGGGCACACUGGGAGGAGCUGGGCUUCCAGGGUGCAGAUCCCGGGACUGACCUGCGUGGGACAGGAAUGCUGGGGCUGAUGCAGAUCCUGUUCUUUGUCCUGGAUUCCCGCACGCUGCCGCUGGCACGGGAGAUUUUCCAGCUCUCCCAGCAUGAAACCCAGAACUUUCCCUUCUGCAUCAUGUCCGUGAACAUCACGCGGAUCGUCAUCCAGGCGCUGCAGGAGGAGCGGCUCUCCCGGGAGUGCAACCGGCGGCAGCAGGUGAUCGGGGUGCUCAACGACCUCUACGCCGCCGCCUUCCUGCGCCUGUCCCGCCUCUGGGAGCAGCAGCACGGCACCGUGGCCAACGCUGGCUUCUUCCUCAAGGAGCUGGAAUUAUCCACCAAAAAGAGGCCGAGGCAGCUGCUGAAAUCCCUGGAAGCCUACCUGAGCCGUGGCCUUCGGCCUCCCUCCCCUCCCUCCUCCCAGACGCACUUCAGCAGCAUUUGUGACGCGGGGGUGGAGCCGGAGGGAGACUCCUGACUGCUCUGACGCAGAGUGGGAGCAGUGCAGGGAAUUCUGCCGGGGGUCAGCCCUGGGGGGGACACACACCGGUGCUCCCCUGCUCUGGGGGCUCGGGAAGGGCCGGGAGAGGUCACGGAGCCGGGAUUUUGCCUGCUCCAGGUGGAACUUUCUGGAAGCAAAGGAGGAGGAGGUGGUGGUGGAGCAGGAGGUUCCGUGAGCCUGGCGCUGGGAUAGUCCCCAUCUCCACCCCAAACCCCGGGUCCCAGCUGGGUCCCAGGCGGAGCUGGAAGGUGGGGCUGGGUUCCUGGAUCCCAUCCCGGCCCCAGCAGCGCCUGGAAUGGGCAUCCCCCGCUUUGGGGGGCAGUGUCAGAGCCCCCGGGUCACCGUGGGCUGUCAGCACCCAAAGAAGGUAUUAAAGGGGGGAGACGAGGGCUCUGGUGGCAAAGAGGGUUUUGAUGUGCCACUGGCCUCUGUGUCUGAGGGAAGGAAGGAACUGGGGUGCCCAGAGUCCACUUUGGGCUGAAAAAGGUGCUCUGGAGGAACGAGGGUUGAGAGCUCCAAGGAGGAGGGGAAGGGUUAUUCCCUCUGGGAGCUCGGGACCAGUGCUUGGGAAUGUCCCCAGGCCCCUAAAAACGGGUAAAAGCAGCCCCCAAAGCCCAAACCCAGAGAGAAAUGAGGGGUUUGGAGAGGUGGGAGCUGGGGGAGAAGGGAACGCUGUGGUCCCAGCCCCCCUGAGAGGGCGAUGAUUCCUGGGGGCUGGGAAUGCUCCUGGAUGGAAAACAAAAUAAAAUAAAUGGAGAAAAAAGA